ACGAUCAUACACAAGCGACGACCAGCCGGGCUAUGGCGCUGUAGUUCUUGCCGAAUAACCCUAUAAUUCGACCGUUCAUGCUAGUGUUGAUCACGUUUAUUGAUCGUUCACACCCACACCUUCGAUAUUCCGGGAUUUGCUUGCCGACGACCAGGACGCCGAACCGUCGAGAGGCAAGAUGCCGGCAGUCAACGUGGCGAUGGAGAGGAGUUUGCGGAGGGGGUUCUUGGAUUUGUUCGUGGCCAGUUUGCAACCCGCGCUCGGGAGGAGGGAUCUUGAAGGGCAGAUCACGGAUGUGAAGACGGCCUUCUCUAGCUGGGAUAAUUGCAUGCAGGUCAACUACUGCAAAUGGCCCGUAAUUGCGGUCAUAAUCGUCGGCGGCUUGAUCGUCCUCGCGGUGGCUUGGUGCAUGAUUCGAUGCCUCUGCUGCGGGCUUUCUUGCUGCUGCUCAUGCUUUUCGUGCCUCAAGUGCUGCGGUAAUUGCUGCGGUUGUUGCGAUCCGCCGAGGGGCAGCCGGCGCAAGUAUCUCGACGAACCCUACAUACCGCCAGACCACGGAUACAAGUCACAAGAACCGAUGCAUUCCGGUUUCAAUAGUCGCCCGACAGCGGCUCCUGUCUCCAAGGGGCCAGCAUUCCCUCAGUUCGCCGAGUUUGACGCUGGCGGCAAGAAAGACGAUGACUCCCUACCCCAAAUGCCCGAAUGGGAGAGCGCCGAGCGCAAGAAGGUGUACCUUGAGGAAGAGGCCGUCGAGAUGAACGCCUUGAAGAGGCCCGAGGCGGACGGGCAAACUGCCGGCGCCACCGUGGUGGGCGGAGCUGGGGGCAUGUCUCCACACGGAUCGCGCUCGCCAGUCAACCGAAGUCCGUAUGGACCACCAGGGGGCAACAACGGGUUCUUUGCUGCUAGCGCUAUCGACAACAACGACCCAUACUCGCAGGGUGCUCCGGCAUACAACCAGCCAGGCAUGGCCUAUACCGAGCCGGACUCAGGGUACGGGAUGGCCGGUGCGGCCAUGGGUCCCGGGCGACGCUCACCGCAGGCCUUCAACAACGUUGGAUACAACGACGGGCACAAUAACAACGGCUACGGGCAAACCCACGACUACCCCGACCCCGGAAAUCAGGGCAGCUAUGACAACUAUGGAGGCGCCCCUCGCCAACAGCCAUAUGACAAUUACGACUCCCAAGCCAACCAAGGCUACGGAAUCGCACGCCACCAAACCCCCCACGCGAUGGACGCCUCCCCCUACGGACCCGACCAGCGGCGCUCGCCCGCACCCCAGGGGCCUUACGGGGCCGACUCACGACGAUCCCCGGCACCGCAGGGUCCCUACGGAGCCGAGACCGCAAGACGUUCCCCCGCCCCACGAGGCCCUUAUGGCGCCGGCGCACGCCACUCCCCCGGGCCCCAAGGCGCGGGGGCCUUUGACACCCCUUAUCUUGGCGGCGGCGGCCCCGACCCCCGCCGCUCCCCGGCACCACAACAACAGGCCGGCUUUGAGAACAACCGGCCCUAUGGCGGCGCGCGCCCCCCACCCCAGAGGCAGUACUCGUCCAACAGCGGCGGCGGCGGCAGCGGCAUGCACUCACCCAUCAACGCGCCGACGCCGCUGAGGAAUGAUGUCGGGUUCGACUUCACGUCGGGGUACAGCCGCCCGCAGGCCCCGGUCGCGACCACAAGCCCCGUGAACGCGGGCGGGUAUCGGCAGCCGAGUCCAGGGCCUGCUGAGCUCGGGGGCGGAGGCGGCGGGUACCCGGGGUACAAGCCGUACCAGCCGGCAUAGAUGAUUGGGGGCGGCAUGUGCGGAUUGGAUGGGAUCGGGAUGUGGGAUGGGGUGAGACGCGGUG